AUGUUGCAUCGAGAGGCGGUCGGUGGAACUCAUCACAGCUCGGGGCAACUGCUGGAAGGUAGUUUGGAGGAUUAUGAAGAAACGGUAAAGAAAGCGAAAGAGGCAUGGAAGGUCUGGGCUGAUAUUCCCGCACCUAAGCGUGGAGAAAUAGUGCGACAGAUUGGUGAUGCCCUGAGACAAAAAAUUAAAGUUCUAGGAAGCUUGGUCUCUUUGGAAAUGGGGAAGAUUUUUGUUGAGGGUGUUGGGGAAGUGCAGGAGUAUGUUGAUGUCUGUGACUAUGCUGUUGGUUUAUCCCGAAUGAUUGGUGGACCUAUUUUGCCUUCAGAAAGACCGGGCCAUGCCCUUAUAGAGCAGUGGAAUCCUGUUGGGUUAGUAGGAAUCAUCACAGCCUUCAACUUCCCUGUAGCGGUUUAUGGAUGGAACAGUGCAAUUGCAAUGAUCUGUGGAAAUGCUUGCCUGUGGAAGGGUGCUCCUACAACAUCCCUCAUUAGUGUUGCUGUUACAAAGAUAAUUGCCAAAGUCUUGGAGGAUAACAAAGUGCCCGGAGCAAUCUGUUCUCUGGUUUGUGGUGGAGCAGACAUUGGGACAGCAAUGGCAAGAGAUGAGCGGAUGGACCUGUUGUCUUUCACUGGCAGCACGAAAGUGGGCAAGCAGGUAGCACUUACGGUUCAGGAGAGAUUUGGUCGAAGUCUGCUGGAACUGGGAGGAAACAAUGCCAUUAUUGUGUUUGAAGAUGCAGAUCUGAACCUAGUCAUCCCGUCUGCUCUAUUUGCUGCUGUGGGAACAGCGGGUCAGAGAUGUACAACUGCUAGAAGGCUGUUCCUCCAUGAAAGCAUCCAUGACGAGGUGGUGGCAAAGCUUGCUAAGGCCUAUGCCCAGGUCCGCAUCGGUGAUCCGUGGGAUUCUGACACUCUGUAUGGGCCUCUUCAUACCAAAGAAGCAGUGAAAAUGUUCCUUGAUGCAGUAGAACAAGCAAAACAACAGGGUGGCUCUGUGGUCUAUGGUGGAAAGGUUAUAAAUCGCCCCGGAAACUAUGUUGAACCAACCAUUGUGACCGGCCUUCCUCAUAAUGCACCCAUUGUCCACACUGAGACAUUUGCCCCCAUACUGUAUGUGCUGAAAUUUAAGGAGGAAGAGGAGGUUUUUGCCUGGAAUAAUGAAGUAAAACAAGGUCUUUCCAGCAGUAUCUUUACCAAGGAUUUGGGAAGGAUAUUCCGUUGGCUUGGGCCAAAAGGAUCUGACUGUGGCAUUGUGAACGUCAACAUCCCAACCAGUGGGGCUGAGAUCGGAGGUGCUUUUGGUGGUGAAAAGCACACUGGUGGGGGAAGAGAAUCUGGAAGUGAUUCAUGGAAACUUUAUAUGAGACGGUCUACUUGUACAAUCAACUACAGCAAGGAUUUACCUUUGGCUCAAGGAAUCAAGUUCCAGUAACAGCCUUCUGAACGGCCAUGCUGUGAACUCUCCUAGCAUUUCAGAAUCAAGCGCCUUCUAAGCCUCAUGGUGAAGAAAAUUAAUUAUCUGAAACUUGUCUGCAGCAAAGAUGCCAAUUCUAUCAAAAAAUCAGCUACUUUAAAAUUGCUUCACUUUCAGUGUAUGAAAUUACUACUUCAGUCUUCAAAUGAGAA